CCUUGUUGUUUACGCGCGAGCGAGGAAUCAGCUGUGGAGUGCGUUUCGCGCGUUUAAUCUUCAAUUCGUGACUAACAAGGAUAAAUUGAUGCGCAUCAUGCAAUGAAAUUAUUGAAACGGAAUGCACCCAUGGUGUGGUAGUGCCGUUCAGGUUCGAGAUUACCCCGGCAUCGGGAUGUACCGCACCAACACUCGUAGAGAGCAUACUGGAGCAUACGCUUUGUAGCAGAAUGGCCAGCCGCAAAGGGGAAGCGCUUCGGACGGGGUUCGCCAGAAUAGUCCCAAUGGAAGACAAGCCAUGAAUCAAACGCCCAUGACGAUCUCGGAGCAAUUCAGGGAAUCGUGGCUGACAGCUAUAAUCGGGUCCAUCAUGUUCGCCACUGGCAUGUGCCUUCUGUUUUGGAAUGAGGGAAGAGCUGUGAAAGUGGCGCAUUCCCUGGACGAGGCUUUGCGCAACGUGGUCGUGCUUCCUAAUUCAAUGAUGCUCUCGCCCGAAUACGAGGGCCGCUUGAUACAUCUGUCGGGCUCCUUGCAAGUUUCAGAGCCAUUAACGGAGCCAGAUUAUGGAGUUGUUAUGUCGAGCGUAAAGCUGAAGAGGAGGGUUCAGAUGUAUCAGUGGGUUGAAAUCGAAGAGGAACAGAGUUUCGGUGGAAUAGCGGAGAACGAAAAACAUUAUUACUACACGACGGAAUGGAAGGAUAAACUUGUGGAUUCGGAUCACUUUUACAUUCGUACCGGCCAUCACAAUCCGAAGGAGAUGCCAAUCAAGAGCCAGGUGCAGAUCGCAGAUGAAGUUAAAAUCGGCACUUUCACGCUUGGCAUGGAAUUGAAAAAGAAGUUCAGCGAUUUUGUGGAGAUCACCAGUGACGAGAGACCGGAGCGAAAGAACAUUAAGAUGCACUCUGGAUUGUACUAUCACAGCGCAGAUUUGUGGAAUCCACAAGGGGGAGACAUCAGAAUACAAUUUUCCUACGCGGGAAAAAACGGGGAUGUUUACUCGGUAGUUGGUUUGCUCGAAAAAGACACCAUUAAGCCAUAUUACACAUCUCACGGUGAAGAAAUUUUGCUUCAACGAAGGCAUAAAAUGUCAGUGGAUCAGAUGUUUCAUAUGGAGCAUGUGCAUAAUUACUGGCGAACAUGGACUGUCAGAGGGCUAGGAUGGUUAGUCUUGUUCGUGGCAGCCUCGUGCUUAGCAAAUAUACUAAAGACGAUUAUAUUAAAUUCGACGUUCCUUUGCGGCAUAAUUGCAGUCGAAUCUGUAACGAUGUCGGUCUCCAUGUCUAUCAGUUUAUUGGUGAUUGGUUUCGCUUGGGUAUGGUAUCGACCAGUCAUCGGUCUGUGUUUAGCACUAGCCUCCGUUUUGCCGUUUAUUUAUUCGACAUUGAUGUCGGGAUCUCCAUCUCAGCAACGUGAUAAUUAUAGGCGAUUAUAGAUUACGUUUAUAUGUCUUUAAAAGUAAUUUAUCUUAAGGUAUAAUAAAUUAUUAAUUUAUUCAA